GUUCGGCCACCACGUUGUUAGAAAAGCACAAAAAAAGCACAAAUUUGUUUUACUUUUGAAACCCUAUAUCUAGGCUUUUUCGUUUGUUAUAGAAAAAAUUGGGCGUCUAAUCGUCGUUCUUUGUGGGGGUGGAGGUUGUUAAGCUGCUACGAUGGGUUCAGGUCUCGAACAAAAUGAAAAAUCUCCCACAAAAAAGCCAGCGAGCAAAAGCAAUUUCGUUAAAGAAGCAAGUCCCGCGAAAACCGCUCACGAUUGGAGGAAAUAUAGUAAUAGAGAAGGAAUCGGAAGUGAUGGAAUCUCGCCUGUGGAAGUGGAAUUUUAUGAUGAUGGAACUGUGACAUUCUUUUGGAGAGCCCAUACUUUGACAGUGCUAUUUGUUAUGAUUGCAGCUCUAAUUUAUGUUGCAGUUUUUGAACCUGUUAUUCUUGACACUCAAUACAACACCAAACGUGGACUAGUUGCCUGUGUAAUUGUAUUUAUUCUUCUCUGUGUAACCGUGACACCUAAUGGGCCAUUCAAAAGGCCCCAUCCAGCUUUAUGGAGAUUUACAUUUAGCUUGAGCAUAGUUUAUGAAUUAGUGUUGAUAUUUGUGCUGUUUCAGACAGCUGAUGAUGCUAGAAAACUUUUGAAACAUUUUGACAGCAAACUGGGGGAAGCCUUAGCUGAACGGAGCUAUGGUGGCAGCUGUGUAAUCUAUGACGAGACUGUGCCAGAAAACCCAUGGCAUAAUGUCCUAGACAAAUUUGAUGCUUUUGUUCCCACCCAUUUUUUUGGUUGGUGGUUGAAAACUUUGAUCCUGAGAGAUUGGUGGCUGUGUACUAUAAUAUCCAUAAUGUUUGAAGUCCUUGAGUAUACACUGGAGCAUCAACUUCCCAAUUUCAGUGAAUGCUGGUGGGACCAUUGGAUUAUGGAUGCAUUAUUGUGCAAUGGCCUCGGAAUAAUAAUCGGAAUUCAAACCCUUAAAUAUUUUUCCAUGAAAACCUACUAUUGGCGGGGGUUGUGGAACAUACCGUCAUACAGGGGUAAACUGAAGCGGAUGAUUGCUCAAUUUGGACCUUAUAACUGGGUACAGUUCGAAUGGCGACCACUCUCUUCACUCGGUCGUUGGUGUGCUACAUUGGGGAUUAUGUUCAUUUUCUUGCUGACAGAGCUUAACACCUUCUAUUUGAAGUUCGUCUUAUGGGUUCCUCCUGAUCACUGGCUCAAUUUAGUGAGAUUAUUCUUAGUCCUGCUAUGGGGAGCAGUCGGCCUUCGUGAAACCUUCCAGUACUUUGAUGAUCCAGACUGCGAGAAUUUUGGACGCCAAUCCUGGGUUAUUCUCGCGAUUGUCGUAACUGAAUUUUUGAUUGUUGCGCGCUUUGAUUGGGAAACGAUCACCAAACCAUUGCCCUGGCACGUCGUCCUGUUUUGGUCAAUUUUCUUCUUAUUGCUGGUGACAUGGACGGUGUUUAGAUUCUUCAUUGCUAGUGACCUGCAAAAGAAUGCUGAUAGAUGGUUAGAGGAACAGCGCCGCCGUCUCCUUUGGUUGCGAGCCAAAAGUAUAGAGCUUGGUAUUUAUAGCCCGGAGUCGAAUGAACGCCUCGAAAACCCAGAUGAAGCUAGCCAUCUUGAAAAUACUACAGAUAAUAAGCCACGAUCAAGUCCGAUGGCAUCCAAACCAAAGAAGCGUAGGGCCCAUAAAGCAGACUAGUUGAAGAAUGAAAUGGUCGAUCAGUGCAUUCUACAUAUUUGCACACGUUUGAAUGGACCAAAACUAAAGCGUUAACAAAGAAAAAAGAAUCUUGAAUUUGACGUAGAAAGAAGAUUAGAUCUUACGGAAGCAGAGGGUUGUUUUCAGUUCUAGAGACUAACAACUAAUUCAUUAUACUUGCAAGUGUUUCAAUUAAAUUGCUACAAAAGUG